AUGGCCGAGGUAGGGCUGAUCGCUUCGGUCAUCCAGGUAGCCGGCGCGGGCCUCAAACUCUCGCAAACCCUGUAUCAAUAUGCCGAUAGCGUUGCUUCCGCCGAUCGACGCGUCAAAGACAUCGCAAAAGAGGUCCAACUUACAAGCUUCGUCAUCGAAGAGCUCGGAUCUCUCUUCAAACAAGACGAUACCUCAGCCCUCCUCUCGGAAAAUGCACGCAAGACUGCCGACGAAACGGUGCGCGAGUGUUCUUCGGUAUUCAAAGAACUGGAUGCAGCUCUCAAAAAGACGAAGAAGAAUACCCUGGGUCGCUUGAUGUUGCCGUUCCGCGAAUCGAAGAUAGAGCUGCUGAGGAGCCACAUCGACAAACUGAAGAGCACGCUGCAGCUGUUGAUGCAAGUGCUAACCCACGCUCAUCAAGUUGCUUCGCAAAGGCUGGAUCGGGAGGCAGAAGCCGCACAGCGCGAGCAGAUCAAGGCGUUACUCCAGAACAAGAAGGAGUCAACGAAGAGAUACGAGGAGUCCCUGAAGAAUUUCCGGAUGAGCGAAGACAGCACGGUUGUCGAUGAAGAUGAGCCAGACAAGGAAAAGCAGAAUCUUUUCUCCGAGGGCAUCAUGGCUAUAUCAACUGCGUCCGUCAGCUCAACCAUUACGGUCAAAACACUGGAGACAUGUGUGCAUCACAUAGAGAGCCUCUUGGAGGAUAUCGAGGACCUGCAACAGGCUCUUUCGAACCAAGAGAAAGGAGGCGAUCACUCGGAGCAUCACCAGAGCCUUAUCGGGUCUUACUUUCGUGCCCGCGGUCAUUUGGAUAACGUUCUUCUG